GCGCGCAUGCCGCACGUCAAUUGUAUUAUUGUCGUACGCGUACCGGUCGACGGCCGUCGCUACUCGUCGUCCGUCGGCUUAUUCUCGAUAACGAAAAGAAAACACAAAAUAUAAUUCAUCGUCUACCGACCGCCGCAUUAGUGAGGGAAACGGCAGUUAGCGCGCGUCCCGUGUCGGCGUGACACUUGUUAUUCUCGUCCUCUUGUCGUCGGUCUUAUCGCGGUGGUCCGUUCCAUAUAGUCUAUGUUUUUGCAUUCGCGAUUUAUGUAAUUAUUGCAACAAUAAUAAUCUGCAAUCGCCUCAUAGCAGCACUCUGAUCGAUCCGAGCAACAGUCUUAAAGUUUUCGUCCGUGGCGACCGUUCACGUUGUCGGCUAGAUUUUUUUUGAUUUUUUGUUUUUGUUUUUUAACCGAUCGACGAGUUCGAAUCCGUUUGACGGUGUUGGUGAUUUACGGGUUUUAAAAUCGAAUCUACCUGUAGUGAGAAACGUUUUUAAAAUAAAACACAGUUCGUCGGCCCGGUUUUUUAUACUCAGAGGACGUCAACAAACGGUUAUCUUCAAUCUCUAGGGUGCUAAGACUCCUGAAGCAAUCAUGAUUAAAGUGGACGAAUCGGAUCCAAUAGGAGAACUAGAACCUAGUUUUCCAUACAAAGAUAUUACAAUCCGCAGAGGAGUAGAUAUGAAAGAACACUAUGAACUACAAUCUGAAAUUGGACGGGGGAAAUUUGGUACAGUGUUCAAAUGUCGAGAAAAAGCUACGAGUCUUAUGUUAGCUGCUAAAUUCGUUGGCAUUGUUCACAAACAAGAUCGUCGAAACGUGGAAAGAGAAGUAGAAAUAAUGUGUGAACUUCAACAUCCCAGAUUGAUACAACUCUACGACGCUUUUGAAUCAAAUAAUGCAAUGUGCUUCAUUUUAGAACUAGUCGAGGGAGGUGAAUUAUUUGAACGAGUAAUUGGUGAUGAUUUUGUAUUGACCGAAAAAGCUGUAACGAUAUUUAUGCGACAGAUCUGCGAGGGGGUGCAGUUUAUUCAUUCGAAAAAUAUACUCCAUCUUGAUCUCAAGCCAGAAAACAUACUGUGUUUAACUAAAACUGGAAAUCGUAUUAAAAUCAUUGAUUUCGGUUUGGCCAGAAAAUUCAAUCCAGAAAAUAAACUUCAAGUAUUAUUUGGUACACCAGAAUUUGUAGCCCCUGAGGUAGUAAACUUCGAUGCUAUCGGAUUUGGAACAGAUAUGUGGUCUGUUGGAGUAAUAUGUUAUGUUUUGUUAUCAGGUCUGUCGCCUUUUAUGGGAGAAACCGACGUGGAAACUAUGGCUAACGUUACAAUUGCUCAAUAUGAUUUUGAUGAUGAAGCAUUCGAUUCCAUCUCUAAUGACGCAAAAGAUUUUAUCAAAAAGCUUCUUGUCAAAGAUCACAAGAGCCGUCUGACUGCCACCGAGUGUUUAUCGCACCGAUGGAUGCAAAAGAAGAAACCGAAAAAAAUGGUACGAAAAAGUUCGAGUAAAAAACUGGUGAAACAAACCGAAGAGAAUGCAAUACAGACACCGGCGGUGGCGAUGGUAGAAACUACAACAUGCACCGGACUAGACUCGUUACUGUUGCCUUUGGACACGAGUAAAGAAAACUUAAAAGAAUUGUGCAGCAGGUCACGUAGCCAAUCUCCGUUAGAGAUUACUGUCGCGUCACCGGAUUUUGUCUUACAAAAGGACAGUAAAUCGUCAAAGACGAGUGAAAACGAUGGUGACACGUCAACAACCAACGGAAUCGCCGCGGGAAAAUCUAUUGUGCCGGCGCCUAUACCGCAGGACACGGAAGCCACCUCCAGCGUACCACAGCACACAGCCGUUACAACUUCCGGCGUAUCACAAAAUACAGCUGCUACAACUUCCGAAGUACCACAAAACACGGCUAACACGACUUCUAGAAUGUCUUCAUCAACGACCAUUGACAUAACACCGGCGAUGGAUAUCGUGCAAGGCGGUGUAGAAAGACAGCGAACGUCAACGACUACCUGGUCUCAGACGACUUUCCGGACGAUAACGGACUGCAGUAAUAAUUACCGACGAGCGUCGGACGUGUCGUAUACGUUUUCGAACUUCCGGACGUCUUCGGCGGCGGCGACGUCGUCCAAUUUUCUGGGACAGGGGCUACGAGACUUGCAGACAAUGAUGUUGGGAGACCAGCCCGAAGCAUCACUUCAAAAUGACAGCGCGGGGGGCUCCGGGAGCAGUUUGCAUAAGCUGUUGCUGAAUAGGCAGCACCUGACUGCAGCAGUCGCGGACCGGAAGCCCAAAUUUAAGUUCUCGUCGAUGAACCGCGACGUGCCGGCUGGAUCCCCGCCACCUGUCAGCAACUUGUUGUAUUAUAUGACCGCGGCGGCAGCGGCAGCGUCGUCGUCGUCAUCGGCAUCUUCGUCGUGCCGGUCCGCUCCACACAGCAAGCGCGCAUCCCCCGAACACGAGUUGACCUCAGCCAGAGAAAUGUUACUCAAAUUGUUCUACGGUGGUAGCGACACUGUGGCCGAACCCAAUUUAUCCACUUGAUACGUACCACCACUCCCUCAAGUAUAUACCAUAUAAUAUAUACAUUUAAACGUAAAUUAUAUAAAUAUGUGUGUAUAAUAUAUUGUAUACAUAUUCUAUAUAAUAUGUGUGUGGGCGUGUAAUUUAUUUUGUACCUUUACCGCAUAAAUUAAUAAUAUAUGAAUGUUUAUAGAUAAAUUUUCGAAAUGUAUUAUACUAUAUAAUAUUACCGAGGGCGUAAGUACGAGUUCUUGCUCUGCAUCCUUAACACCACCCUCUAUAAGCCCUUAUAAAAUAAUUCUGAAAACCAACGAUUCUACGCGUUAUCAACCAUCAUGGGAAUAUUUUAUUUUAUGAAUUUUUUACAUAAAUAUAUGCAAAAUGUACAUACUCGCGUUCAAUUAUAUUUUUAUAAUAUACCUGUUCAACGUUUUAUGUUAAGUAUAUACGUACUUUCUCGUUUGAACUUUAAAGCACUGGCUACUUUCGACUGGUGGAUUUUGUCAUAAAUAGGUACAGUGGUACACACACGCUCACACCACGUUAUUAACUCAAAAUUUAUAGUUACCAAUUCUUUUUUAAUGCCGUGUUUUUAAUGUAUAAUAAUAUAAUAUACGGUGCUCUCCGUGAUACAGACUGCUGCAGUACUUACUUGUAAUUUAAUUACCUGUGCAAAAAGUUGUUUUUAUUGCCGAGACACAAUAUGUACACUUAACUAUAGGUAUAUUAUAAUGUGUUUUAUUUUUUGAUUCGCCAAUUUUUAAAAGAAACUCGUUUUUUAUUAUUUAUAUUAUUUAUCUAUACAUUAUUGUAAAAACACCAGUUUUGUUGUUUAUUUUUACUAUAGUUGCGUUUUGAUUUAUAUAUCAUUAUUAUUAUACUAAAGUAGUGAUCAUGUUUUAAUUUUUAAUCAUGCCUAGAUUUUGUUAUACAAAUGACUUCGAAAGUUCGUAGUAUAAAAAAAAAAAUGUGUUGAUUACUAAUUACCUCAUAAUAUUAUACACAAUAAUGAUUAUGAAAAUAAACGUUGGCUCAAUAUAGAAUUAAUUACCUAAAUUGUUAAUAGUUUUAAUCGUUUGAUGUAUACCUACAAUUUUCUAUAACUAUACUUAAGUACCUAUUAAAAAUGUAUAUUUAACAAACUUACCUAUAUAUUGUUUUAAUAUCUGUCAAAACGUGUAUUUUCAAGAAAUUGUAAUAUAUAUUAUAUAUCUUUUAUUA